AAGUGCCAUAUGUCCUACUAGCCAUUCUCCCAAUCGGCAGGUCGUAUUUACGGUAAAUCUGAAAUGACAUAAUUGACUGAUCGGUCAUUCACUGCUACAGCAUGUUUACCACAGAGUGGGAGAAGGAAAGCAGAGCCCACAGAGAGGUUCCAUUUAUCUAAAAGCCACUCAUUUGACAUAAACGGCUCUUCCCAGUCAGUAGGUUGUAUUUAUGAUCAGGGUUCCUACAAAAUGAAUUUUGAAAUGGAAAAUGUGUAGGAACCCUGUACAGUAGACUCCAGUACAAACCACAAACAUGUGGUCUUUGAACUCGACUGUAAACGCGAGCCUCUGUCUUCAAAGAAUGCGGAUGAGGACAGUCAAGCGUCAACGGUUGAAUAUCAAUUGGAGAAGUGACCGUCAUAGUUUCCAACGAAUUAAAGAGAUGACAGACCACUGGACCAUUGAUGUUGUAUGCAAAUAGCUCCAAAGGAUGCAUUUAAUUGAUGCAAUAGAGGCCUUCAGAGCUGCGUACCCCCCUCUCUCCGCCCCCAUGGCCAACAUGUUCGGCAACGUGCCCGGGUACGAAGGCACUGUGGCAGGAGGAGGAGGUUACCUGCCCCCUCCCAUGCCCAUCGAGCCUGUAGCCCCGCCUGCACCCGGCCCCACACCCGACGACUGGAGCAUCCCGUCUCUGUCGGAGGACGAUGCCCGUGAGGCGUUCACCAGCUUUGCAGCAUCUCAUUGCUGCUACAGCCAUGGUCCUGCUGAAGAUGGAGUCAUCACCAAAAUGGAGCCAUACAACACUUAUAGGUACCGACUGGAGACGUUCAAUGAGUCCAGGUCAACUGAGUGGGCCACCAAACCUCAUGAAGGUGAGCCAGCUGACUUCUACACUGAGACCGCCCCCCGGCCAUGGGAGAUUCAGGCCACACCUCCCAGCCUCUUCACCAAUCAUACAGAGGAGAUCCGCGUGCCUUACACCUCCUCCAUCAAGGAAUGCCACAGCUGCCAUGCCACAGGAGCGAUGCCAUGUAACGAGUGUCAUGGAAGUGGACAUAAACCGUGCUGGGUGUGUAAUGGCACUGGGACAAGGUCUGAUGAGAACUGCACUCGCUGUGAUUCUACAGGCAAUGAGAGGUGUACAGAGUGUAAUUCUCAAGGAAGGAAGGAGUGUGAAACCUGUAAAGGAAAACGUCAACUGCUGACCUACAUCAAGCUCAAAGUGGAGUGGACUAACCAUCUGGAGGACCACGUGGUGCAGCAGAACUCUGGUCUGAGUGCUGAUGAUCUUCACUCAGUGAGCGGGAAGGAGCUGUUCAAGAACAGCCAGUACCUGCUCUUCCCACUUUUAGGGUUCCCAAACCCGGCCAUCUCUGAGGCCUCAGAUCGUCUGAUCAAAGAGCACCAAAGCAAGUACGCCCAGACUUCCAGGAUCCUGCAGCAGAGGCAGACAGUUGAGUUGAUCCCCAUCACUAAGGUGACCUAUAAGUGGAAAGGCGACUCCCACAUCUACUUUGUCUACGGCAAUGAGCGCCAAGUCAAUGCCGACAAUUACCCAGCGACCUGCUGCUGUGUCGUCAUGUAAACACACACAGCUGAACACAACUGUCCCAAACUGGUAUUCUCAUUAUUGUUUCUCUUUUUAAUAGUCCCCCCUCCCUCCAGGGCAACCAAUCCCUUCGUCAAUCUUUAAGAUCCACAAAAAUAGUCCAAACAUAAGAAUUAUCGCUACCAGUACAUAUAAUCGACAACAUAUAAUCAUUAUAUAAAUAUAUCGUCCAGAGCUGCUGUUUGGAGCUCAGCUGAAACAUGUUAAUCUAGUGGUUCCCAAAUGUUGGAGUCCCACUUAUGCAGUAAAAGAUAUUUUGACAACAUACAUGCACAUAAACAGAGUGAAAUAUAUCCACAACUAUUGGAUGGAUUGCAAUGAAAUCUAGUAGAGACAUUAAUGUCCCACGCAUGAUGAAUUGUAAUCACUUUGGUGAUCAUCUGAUUUUUAAACCAACACCAUCAUCAGGUCAAAAUUUUAAUUUAUAUGUUUUCUAUUGUUAUUAUUUUAACAAUACUUUGGUUCAUGACUAAAUACCUGCAAGCAGACUGAUAUUCUCUGUAGUUCCAGCUGUACUUAGUGUUUAGUGCUAAAUAGCAAAUGUUAGCAUGCUAAUACACAAAAACUAAGGUAGUGAACAGGGUAAAUAUUAUAGCCAAUAAACAUCAACAUUGAUGGUAGCAUUGUCAUUGUGAGAAUGUUAGCAUGCUAAUGUUAGCAUUUAGCUCAAACCACAGCUGUGCCUAAGAACAGCCUUACAUCACAUUUGUUUAAGUUUAAAUAUUAAUGUUCAUGGAUAAAGAGCAAAGGAGCUGUAUCACACACUACAGACUAUAUAUGUAGUAUCAUAUGAUGCAAUUGUUAAACAGUAUCUGUCAGACUCAGGUCAGCAGGUGACAAUGAUCUAUUUAUCAGUUGCAUCAUAUAUUGGCAUUGCUGCCAUUGAUCACAGCAGAAACAUUGGGAAAACAUAUUACAUGUUUUGGAAAGUUGAGACAAACUGCUCAGUCAGUCACAGGGAGGAUGUGAGAGUUGUUCUUUUCUUUAUUUUUGUACCUGUAAUGUUCGGAGCAGUCUGAGUUGUAAUUCCACCAGUUUGGGAAUCAGUGCCUCAAACGAGUUUCAUGAGGUUUACUUUCCCCUGAACUCAUCUUCUCAGGCAGACUCCAACAAUUAAACCAACCCUCAAACUGAAGCACUUACCUCUUGCUUCCGACUAACAAAAAGACAUCCUGGAGGGACUUGAUUUAUCUGUUUGUCUUCGUGUUCCCAGAACCUUCUGCUCAGUUCUGGCUCUCUACCUCCUGUUAGGAUGACAUGAUGCUCCAUCAAGUGUCCUGAUGAGAGAAAAUAAUGGACGGUAACUGGAGUUCCUUUUUUUAUCUGUUAUCUGUCAUAUCAAGUAUUAAAUUUUAACUAGAUAAAUUAGUAAUUUCAAUAACUGAACUAGAAUUUUUACUUGAUAAAAUCAAGUCUUUUAUGUAAAGGAGAAAAAUAUUUAAGUUAAACCGGCCUCCUGUACCGUCCUCAGAGUCCACUGUCAUCUCUGGGUGGACGCUUGACAGUGCAUCAUGUCUCCGACUCUAUGACCACUUACCAAAGUUACCAAGUUUUCUGUUACAAAACACUUUUCAACAGUUUCAACAGUCAACAGUUUACUGAAACACAUGCCAGUAUGUGCCAUUUUAAUGUCCUCUGUACUGCAUGGAAACCUCAUUAAAUAGCAGCAAGCAGAGAAGCAGCAAAAAAAAAGGAGAUAUGAGAUUUCCAUCUGAUUGAGGUAAAUAAAUAAUAUGUGUUAUGUAUUACUUUACCUGUGUGUAAUGAGAUGGCAGAGGAGGGUUAGGGUUAGAAAAUGAAUAGAAUAAGAUCAGAAUCUGCCUCACCUGGUUUCUACCUGGGUUCUUCUUCUGUGGUUUAAUGUUACAUAAAGGUAUAAACCACUUCAAUGUUUAAACUGAGGAGAACUGAGGUUAUAUCACAAACAGAUCCAGAUUUUCUGACUCCAGAAACAAAAUAAGCCGAUAUUUUUUUGUUUUUCUUUAGAAAGUGGCUAUUGGUACAGAUUCCUCUGUGUCAAUAGUCCAUUUAUUGUUGGUAUGGAAGUAUUACGCAUGCACAUUGGUAUUGAUUGUGCAAGAUCGCGUGAUCAAAUUCAAAUUGAAAUUUAAAAUGUCCCAUUUAAUAGUACUAAAACACCAUAUCACAGUAAAAAAUGUCCAGUUAGUGAUCUACAAGAGGUCUGGCAAUAAAUUCCAGAACCCCAUUCCGUAUCAAUAGAACAAACUACCAUCAGCAUGGAAAACCAGUCCGGACCAACAGCCUGUGGACUACUGGUAUAGAAUCCCAUCGCAUGUCAGUAGUCGAUAAUUUAUUGCACAGGUUCCGUAGCCAUCACUGGUGCCUUUUCUUAAGGCUCGGUCACACCAGACAGUGGCAAAGCGAAGUUCAUCCUUGCAUCUUUAUGAAUGGGUCUAUAACUCUGGUGACGUAGAGAUUCCACACAGGACUAGCUGGUGAACUGUAACUGCCGAGCUAACUGCUAACAUGCUAGCCAGCCACGAACACGCCUGCACUAUUUAUACACUUUCUAUUUUGUCAGUGCUGUUCACUCCUCUGUGGCAGUUGGUCUCAGGACUUAAUCUCAGCAUCUUCUCUCUUUUAUGGAGCGAUUUACAUUCCAACAGCGCAGAUUAAAUAAAACUGGAUGGUGACGCACAGCUAAUAAGCUACAUUAGCUUCCUUCAUUUUGGACUCCCUGGCUGAUUCUCUCCAUUAAAGUUCAGCACCGUCAUGGGAUUAGCUAGUGGUCAACGGUGCAAACUUGCAGGGCGUUCACCAAAGUCAAAUGUUAAGCAAAAAACCAGAUUAACUAAUCCACUGAUCACGCAAAAUCAGUUCAUUUCAAUGGAUUCAGUCAGCAGAUCAGCAAAAUUUCGCCAUUUUAAAUUCUGAUGUGACCGGACAUUUUGUAAUUUUUUGGUCAUGUUUACAGUUUACAUCUCAACACGCUUAAUAAAAUUAUUAGUAUGAUAUCCUUAAUUUUCAGUUUGAAAACAGAAGACAUGAUGUUCUGUAAGAUACAAAAAACUCACCAAAGUGUUGAAACAGUGUUCCUAAAUCUUUCAUACUUCUGCUUUUUAGAAAUAAAUUACAACAUCGCUUCAUAAUAAUGAAAUGAUAAAUGUUAGGGACCGAUAUUGCCAAACCAAAGUUUCCUUUUUCCUGUUAUGCAUGAGGCCCAUUAAAGCCUCUCUGCUUGCUUCUCUGCAAGGCUGCAGCAAUGAAAGGCAUUCUGAAUGGAGAGGAAGAAAGAAGGAAGAAGGAACAAUGGCUGUGGUGGUCUAGAGAGAGUUGCUGGAAAACUGUGUGCAGCUGGAGCAUUCCUGCAGUAACCACAAGCUGAUGGUGCCCAGUGAAAAUCUUGUAUCUCAAUAUGUUAACAAGUCUUUUAUGCCUUGAGCUAAGGCUAUUUUUAAAAACUUUUAGCCUUAUCAAAAGUCUUUAAAUGAACAAUGCUGUUUUUGUUGCAUCUCAAAAGGUUUUUUGAGAUGCAUGUUUUCCUUCUGACAACAGCAGUUUUAAACAGCUUCAACAUUAGAACUCAGUAGAAUGUUUAAGUAGAUUACAGCCUUAUUAAUCUGGUCAAAGUCACAGAUAUAAAUAUGGAGCAGAAUCGCAGUAAAAGACGUGCUGAGGCCACAGGAUUUCUAAUAGUUAAAGGGCUAAUUCAGAUUUUUUUUUACAGUCAGAUAUAUAGGUAGAGAGGACUCCUGAAGCUGCUGGUUUCCAGAUAAAACCAAACAUCAGCAAACAACAACAACAAUGCAACAUAAAACCAGACUAAAACUAUUUCCUCACCAAGUCUGAAACCAAGCAGGUAGUUAAGCCUUUGAGUUUCUGUUUGAAGAAACUUUCAGAGUUGUCUUAAUCAGACUUUAUCAUUUGUAAUCUGUCUUUUUUUAAUAAUGAGUUUGAGAGCGAGGCAACAGCACGAGAUUUUACUAAGUGAAUGAUUUUACUGUAACGACAAAAGCUGUCAGAUGAAGGUGAAUGACAUGAACAGGAAAGACUGUUUUUUAGUUAUAUAAACAAAGAUGAAGUGGCUCUGUAAAUAGAUGAAAACAUUAUGAACCUUUAAAAACACGCUGCAAGUCACUAAAUCUCAGCAUCACCUCACCAGGACUGAGUGAACCUAAAACUUUUGGAAGCAGUAAUAUCAUAAUCACCACUAGAAAACAAAGUUGAAUAUGAGGAAGGGUGCAAUUUAAUCUCAGAUUCACGUGAGCAUCGUUCUAUGGAAAAUUUAUGCUGAUUAAAGUUUCUUUCACAAUUACACAUUGUAAUUUUAUCUCUCUGAAGAUGCCCAUAAUUAACACCAUGAUAAACACCUCUUUGGAUCUAUCCACAGAGGAGGGUGGAUGACUUAACAUACACACCUCCGCAAUCUCUGCACAUCAAAAAGCCUACUUCCUGUCAGGUUUUUGGUUUUCUCCAAAACAGAAACAAGCAGUUACAGGUUUCUACUCCACCCAAAAGACAAAAAUAUGAACAGAACAGUCAUAUAUCUAACGACAACAUCCUGACUGUCACAAUGUGUGACUCAAAAAGAUAAUAAAUUCAUUAAAAACAUAAAUGCAACAGUGAAAUGUCCAGCUGUUUUCAAGUUGUAAUUAAUGAUAUAAUCUGAUCAUGUCCUCUUGAAUAUUUUAACAUAAAAGUUGUUGAUGUAAAAAAUAAACAAACAAAAAAGAACAAAAACAAUUUAUUAAUAUGCUGAAAAGUUGCAACAUUUUAAUGGAAACAUAACUCUUGCGUUUCAGACUUGCAGUUUCAGUCAAAGACUACAGUUCACGUCAGGUCAAAAAUAAUUCAACCCAUCAACUAUCUCUUGCAGUACAGCGGAGCUCCUGUAGAGGGCGAUCUGCGUCUGACUUAGUUUGAACAGACCCGCUGCCCCCUGCAGCUGUCAUUAGAGCCAGAUGUCUGUGCCAAACAGGACGAAGCCACUUCAGUUUUAUAGGUUUUAUAUAUAUAAGUUAUACUGUCAUUUUUAUUAUUACUGUCAUUUAAUAAAUAAGACCUUCCAUUUCUGCAUUUCACAAACAAACAACCACAUUCACAUCCUGCAUCUCUUAAUGUCCAUGUUGCUUAUUGUUUUUCUUCUUAGGGUUGAUUGUUUUUUUGUUGUUGUUUUUUUUUUAUCAGUGUGAAUCUUUUCACCAGUUGACCACAUUAAACAUCAACACGUUUAUUGUUUCAUGCUGAAUAGAUGCUGCUGCAAUGUGAUUAACUGUUAUUCCCUCUAUCUGCAGUGAAAAUGCCUUCAAACAGCACUGUAGCUAACAAACAUCUCUGCUAACUAACCUGAUGGACCCGUUAAUGUCAUUACUCUGUAUUGUGCUCAUUAAUACUCUGCUGUUACAAUAGAUUAUCAAUUGUGUGUGACUGUUAAAAACUAUAAAUAAAUUCUGAUACUCA